AUGGAUCUUGAUAGCUUCUUCCUCCCCUUUGUCUCGCGCUUCCCCUCCCUCCUUAUGAUCUGCAAGCUCUUUGACCUCGAGGACUACGCCGGUACCUACCGCGAGACCCGCAACGCCUACCUCAAGGCCGCCAACCAGCUCAAGCUCGCCACUGGCCCCUACAAGGCUGCCCGCGAUGCCUACGUCGCUGCCACCGCCACCUACACCAAGUCCCUCUACGAGUAA